CCAGCGGCAUACGAGUUCGACCCAGGGAGUAUCGCCGGCUAUAUAUUCGACUUCACAGGCCACCGUUCAGCCCUCAGUAGACACCCGUCCCCCUUCACAUCAUUCCAAAACCGGCGACAACAAAUCCAGUCAUCAUGGUUCGCGCUGUCUGGACCCAGCUUCUGUCCGAUACCUCGAUCAAGAGGUCAUCGCAGACCUUCACCAUCCUAGGCGACAACGCCUACAUCUACGGCGGCGAGCUGCGGCCCCGCGAACCCGUCGAUUCCGCUGUGUACUCCCUCCAUCUGAACUCCACAUCACCCACCACCCCCACAGACCUAAGUCAAACCUCCACCUCCACCACUGCCCCGCAACCCAGAGUCGGCUCCGCUGCGACCGCCCUCGCCAACAAACUCUACAUCUUCUCCGGCCGCGGCGGCACCGCCAUGGCCCCGAUCGAAGAGAACGGCUCCUUCUGGGUCUUCAACUCCAUCGAUAGCGUCUGGACGCAGCUCACCCCAUCGGAUCCGGACGCGCCCUUCCCGGUAGGCCGAAGCUACCACGCCCUGACGACCAACGGCACGGACACCCUCUACCUCCACGCAGGCUGUCCGGCCACCGGCCGCCUCCGCGACCUCUGGGCGUUUGAUGUGGUCACCCGCCGCUGGCGCGAGUGCGCCCCGGCCCCCGGCCCGGCCCGCGGCGGGGCGUCGAUCGCCUUCGCGGAGGGGAAGCUGUACCGGAUGAAUGGGUUCGACGGGACGAGCGAGCAGGGCGGGGCGGUGGACGUGUAUGAUCCCUUCGCGGAUGCGUGGAGUACGAUUGCGUAUGUCGCGGAUGGGGUGUCGGGCCCUAGUGCUAGGAGCGUGGGGUGUUUGCUUGCGAUGCGGUUGCAGGGGCGGUCGACCUUAGUGACGAUGUUCGGGGAGCAUGAUCCCAGUAGUUUGGGGCAUCAGGGGGCCGGGAAAAUGCUGGGAGAUGUCUGGGUUUUUGAUCUCGAGGUGGGUCGGUGGGUGCUGGCUGAGGUCGAGGGGGACCAGCCGGAGCCGAGGGGGUGGUUUGCUGCGGAUAUUCUGGAGGCGAGCACGUUGAGUGUUGUCGUGCAUGGAGGGCUGGCGGAGUCGAAUGAGCGGUUGGGAGAUGUGUGGCGAUUGGAGUUGGAGGGGUUGGCUUAGGAUGACUCGCUUCUUCACGCGAUGGUGAUAUUGGGGAAAUAUGUGUUUUGGAGGAUGUCUGAGGCGGUUAGAGGGGUUGCGGCUUAUAUUAUACACAGCUGACUGGGUACCAGUAGCGAUGGAGGAACUUGAAAGAAGUCCAAGAGUUUCUGACAAGACCAAUGAGUUGCAUGGGUUCAUCUUCAAGUUUGUUUGCUUACUGUGAUAACAAGUAAGUAGGGUUGUUUUAGUAUUGGCAAGGGGCACAAAGAAGCAAGAGGCAGAGGCCAGAAAUCUCUGGGCGUGUUACAUUCACCUGAGAACCUCCUGGCGCAGACCAGUCAUUGUGCCUGAGGCCGUCAACUCUACCACAU